AUGAAUACAUCAACAGUGACUGAAUUUAUCCUACUGGGAAUUCCUUUUCUACGUGGACUGCAUACAGUCUUCUUUGUGGUGGGUUUAUUCAUGUACAUGGUGACCAUCGUAGGGAAUGGGUUCAUCCUCAUCAUUGUGGUGAUUGAGCCAAGACUUCAAACACCAAUGUACAUCUUCCUGAGCAACCUGGCCUUUCUGGAGAUCUGCUACACCACAACCGUUGUACCAAAGAUGCUACAGACGCUAGUAACAACACGGACCACUAUUUCUUUCACUUGCUGUAUGGCCCAAGGCUUCUUCCAUUUCAUCUUGGGGAGUACAGAACUUUUCAUCCUCACGGCAAUGGCCUUUGACCGCUAUUUGGCCAUAUGCAAGCCACUUCAAUACCGAAUGAUUAUGACCAAGCAUGUUUGCAUUCAGAUGUCCUUGGCUACCUGGUAUGUAGCAUUCAUAUUUAUGUUUUUUCCAUCUCUCUAUGUAUGGAGGAUGCCUUUCUGUGGGCCCAACAUUGUUGACCAUUUCUACUGUGAUAUUGGUCCCAUCUUAAACCUAGCCUGUACAGAUACUCACCUCAUGGAGUCUCUGGGACUGUUGUCCUCUGUCCUGAUUGUCAUCACAACCUUGAUCCUCAUCAUUGUGUCCUACAUUUUUAUCAUCUCCAGCAUCCUUCACAUUCCUUCAGCUGUGGGACAGAAAAGGGCAUUCUCCACUUGUACAUCACACCUGACUGUGGUGUCCAUAUUGUAUGGAGCCCUUGUCUUCAUGUAUGUGAGACCCAAUGUCCAUUCCUCGUCUCGCCUAACAAGAGUACUUGCGGUGUUGAACACCAUUCUCACCCCAAUGCUUAAUCCUUUCAUAUACACAAUCAGGAACAAAGAUGUCAAAGAAGCUGUCUGGAGUGCAAUCAAUAAAAAAAAGGCUUCCUCAAAACAGACACUUUUAAAAACAUUUGUGCCCAAAGAUUAG